AUGUGGCAGAAAAGGACACUAUGGCAAGGUGCUUCAGUAUCGGUCAUUAGAACCUCUACCCUUAACAAGCUUGGAGCACUCACAAAACUCCAACAAGCAGGCACGCGUAUUUACGCCUAUGGAUCGGAUGCUCCGCUACCAAUCAUAGGAAAGCUCAGUGUCACGCUGAAGUACAGGGACAGCGACACAACAGAAGACGUGUUCGUAAUAGAGGGAACCGUGAAGUCACUGCUGAGCUUCGCUGCUGCAAAUAGACUGGGCCUAAUCCAAAUUACUUACGCCAUCCAAGGACACUCACAAAAAGAUGCACGCUCGAAUGGAGAGGUGCCCCCAAAUUUGCUCGAGACCCCACUCGCUGCUUUUCCCGAGUUGUGUGCGGGUGUAGGCAAACUAAAAAACCUCCAAGUACACCUCCACAUUGACAAAGCCAUUGCCCCGGUUGCUCAGCCCCAUCGCAGAAUCCCUUUUGCAGUGCGAAGCAAAGUAGAAGAGAAGAUAAGCCAGCUCUUGGCCCUUGAUAUCAUCGAAGAAGCAACCGGACCUACUCCAUGGGUUUCACCAGUCGUAAUUGUGCCAAAGCCGCACAAUCCAGAGGACAUUCGCCUAUGCAUCGACAUGAAAUGUGCGAACAGGGCCAUUCUUCGCGAGAGGCACGUCUGCCCUACCAUCGACGACGUGAUCACAGCGCUGAACGGAUCAACACUCUUCACGAAGCUUGAUCUAAAAGAUGGGUACCACCAACUAGAACUUGAUAAUGAAUCAAGAACAAUCACAACAUUUGCAACACACAACAAAUUGUACCGCUACAAACGACUUAUGUUUGGAAUUAACGCAGCUGCCGAGGUUUUCCAGGAAACCAUCCGUCAAGUACUCAACGGCAUACCUCACGUCCUCAACAUCAGUGAUGAUAUACUUGUGUUUGGCAAGACAAAGGAUGAGCAUGAUCAGGCUCUCCAGGCAACUCUCGAAAGGUUGACAGAGAACGGCCUCACAGUUAAUCCAAAAAAAUGUCUCUUCGCACAGAAAGAACUCUGUUUUUUCGGUCACAUUUUCUCUGCUUCUGGAAUCAGAACAGACCCCCAGAAAAUCGCAGCACUAAAAAAAAUGCCGGCCCCUGCCAACGCUCAUGAAGUUCGAAGUCUGCUUGACCACAAACCCCUUGUCUCCAUCCUCACCAACCUACGGGCGUGUCCGUCUGCACGAAUUGAACGCCUCGUGUUGAGAAUCCAACAAUACAACUUCAGAGUGGAGCACACGUGUGGAAUCAACAACCCCUCGGAUUACCUGUCUCGCCAUCCCAUGCCGAGCUCCCCUGCUGACGCCCGCCUGGCUCAUAGCACUAAUGCAUAUGUCAACUUCAUUGCCCACCACAACAUUCCCAAAGCCAUGACUCGUGCAGAAGUAGCUGCCGCCACUCUAAACGACCCUCAUAUGCAAAAGGUGAUCGCUGCCCUCAGCAAUCCUGCCAGGUGGAACGACCCAGCACUCAGAGAGUUUAUAUCCGUACAGCACGAGCUCUCUCUGACGGACAGCGGCCUACUACUGAAAGGCAAUUGCCUCGUUCUACCGGCUGCUCUCCAGCAACAGGCGAUAUGUCUCGCUCACAUUGGGCACCAGGGCAUCUCCAAAACAAAAGCGCUCAUGAAGCGAAAAGUAUGGUUUCCCCACCUAGACAGCAUGGUACAAACUACUCUUAAAAACUGUAUGGCGUGUCAGGCAACCAUCCAACAUCAACACUCUGACCCCGUCGCGAUUCCAUCGAAGCCAAAUCAACCUUGGGAGGCGCUCUCACUUGACUUCGCGGGGCCUUUCCCUAACGGCAAAUACAUAAUGGUCCUAAUGGAUGAUACGUCACGUUACCCUCUCGUCGCGGUAUUAUCAUCGUUAGCGGCCCCAACUGUCAUCACCAACCUUAUGAAGAUCUUCAGUACCUUCGGGAUUCCUAAGGCGACAACGUUGGAAAACUCUACGUGGACUUCCGAAUUGAGCAAAUUUCUAAUGGCCUAUAGGGCGACACCUCACUCAACGACAGGGAAAACGCCCUUCGAACUACUCUUUGGAAGACCUAUGGGCUACCUCCUUCCCGAUUCCGCAGACACUAACAACGUGCCACAGGAAUGGCAACACAAGGAUCACGAAAAUCGAAGAAAGCACAAGAUUUACGCAGAUGAACACAGACAUGCGAGAGCCCACAACUUCGAAGUCGGAGAUCGGGUACUGUGUAGACAGCCUCCGUCGAACAAGCUCACUCCCCCUUAUGACCCGCAGCCAUAUAAAGUGAUCGAAAUCAAAGGGACGCAGAUAACUGCUCAGAGAGAUCAGAAAAUUAUCACAAGGAACUCAAGUUUCUUCAAACUUCUUCCCACGAGUGCGAAGCUCAGAGCACAUAAUGAAUUGAUCAAUGCGGAUGAUGCUGAGGAAGAAAACGCCAUGAACACGCGUCAUGCUCACCAGGAAGCUCAACAACACAUCAACGUGGGGGAGAGACGAGACCUGCAACCCAACGAAGCUCAAAGAUCCAGUGAAGGACCACGUCCGACUCCGGAAUUUGAACAACAGCUCGACGUGGAGGAGGACGAAAGAAACCAGCGAUUCCUUGAAGCCCCUGGCCCUGAUCUAUCAGGAAGAGCACGACCGGUCCGUACAAGGUACCCUCCUACAAGACUCAGGAACUACGUCUGCUCCUGA